AAAACUCCUCCCAUAAAUUUAUACCAACAACUCAUUACCAAACUCUGUCCUUCUUGCUCCUAUCAUUUUUGCCACGGGAGUAUAUAUAUAAAUACCUCCGAUCAACUCAAUUUGGGUUAUUAUAACAACAAUGGAAGAUGCCACCAGCCCUCCUUCUAACACGUCAAAAAGGUACGCGGUUGUGUCAGGAGGAAACAAAGGGAUAGGGUUUGAGAUAUGCAAGCAAUUAGCAAGUCAAGGAGUCGUGGUUGUUUUGACUGCAAGAAGUGUGGAGAAGGGGAAAGAGGCAUUGGAGAAGCUAAAGGGAUAUUGUGAUGAUGGGUUUGUGGUUUUCCAUCAGCUUAAUGUUGUGGAUCCAUCCUCUGUCUCUUCACUUGUUCAUUUUGUUAAGGCCAAGUUUGGGAAGCUUGACAUUUUGGUAAAUAAUGCAGGAGUUAAUGGAGUUGUGGCCGAUGAAAAUGCUCUUAAGGCGUCAGUGGGAGGUCAAGUCAAUUGGGCGGAUAUUCUUGCCCACAAUAAUGAGCUGACUGAAGAAUGCAUCCAAAUAAAUUACUAUGGUGCAAAAAACACCACUCGAGCAUUUCUUCCUCUCCUCCAACUCUCCAAAUCUCCAAGAAUUGUUAAUGUCACCUCUGGUUUGGCACUACUUGAGAACAUACGUAACGAGUGGGCCAAAGGAGCGUUGGGCAACGGCGUCACAGAGGGCGGCGAUGAAAAGGCGGUGGAUGAAGUGGUGGAUAUGUUUUUAGAGGACUACAAAAAGGGCUGUUUCCGAGAAAAGGGAUGGCCUUCUUUCAUGCCAGCAUAUGUUGUCUCAAAAACAGCCAUGAAUGCAUAUUCAAGAAUCAUAUCACAAAAGUACCCUUCCUUUCAAGUCAAUUGUGUCUGCCCCGGCCACGUUAAAACAGACAUAACUUACAACACCGGACACCUGACCGCGGAAGAAGGAGCUUCAAAUGUCGUGCGGGUAGCUCUGCAACCGGAAAACGGACCUUCUGGCGUCUUCUUUGAUCGCCAAGAAAUUAUAUCGUUUUAAGAAAUGAAUUGCUGCAAUAAGAAUAAUGAUAUUAUUAAUUGCUUGUUUGUUUGUAUUACAUCACUAAUUAACAUGAAUAAUGAUGAAUAUCAACUCUUCCAAAAGCCUUCACAAAAUGAUUUAUCUUACCUAGAGCUACCCAUGCCACACUAGUAAUAGAAUAUUGUUAUGUAACUGGAACAUCCACAUCAAGUAAUUGUUAUUAGAGGCAAGCAUGCUUUAUUUGUGGAUUUAAGUGUAAUAUGAUUUUACUAGUGUGGCAUGGGUAGGUAAGAUUUAAAAAAAUGGUUGGUGUUAG